UGAUCUUCACUCCAUGGUCUGCUUUAAACGAGUAAUAUGUACAGCCGAAUACUCCAAAAACAAAUAAAAACUGCUGCCUAAAAUAGUCCGAACAGAACUAAUUGUUCUACCCUUUGAGGGAGAACCUGAAGCUCAGAGAAAUACUCCUCAUCGUGUCUCCUGAGGGGGAUGUCAAGCACAGCGAUGAAGAAAAAGGUGCUCCUGAUGGGGAAAAGUGGGUCUGGGAAGACCAGCAUGAGAUCAAUCAUCUUUGCCAACUACAUCGCUCGUGACACACGUCGCCUUGGAGCUACAAUUGAUGUAGAACACUCCCACGUUCGGUUUCUCGGCAAUCUGGUUCUAAACUUGUGGGACUGUGGAGGGCAAGAUACGUUUAUGGAGAAUUAUUUCACCAGCCAGAGGGACAACAUUUUCAGAAACGUCGAGGUUCUUAUUUAUGUGUUUGACGUUGAGAGCCGAGAGCUGGAGAAGGACAUGCACUACUACCAGUCGUGUCUGGAAGCCAUCCUGCAGAACUCCCCUGAUGCCAAAGUCUUCUGUCUUGUGCACAAAAUGGACCUCGUACAGGAAGAUCAGAGAGAUUUGAUUUUUAAGGAGCGUGAAGAAGAUCUGAAGAGACUGUCCAGACCUUUGGCCUGCACCUGCUUUAGGACAUCAAUCUGGGAUGAAACCCUGUAUAAGGCUUGGUCCAGCAUAGUGUACCAGCUCAUCCCAAAUGUCCAGCAGCUGGAAACAAAYCUGAGAAACUUUGCACAGAUUAUAGAAGCAGAUGAAGUUCUCCUGUUUGAGAGAGCCACCUUCCUGGUGAUCUCUCACUAUCAGUGCAAAGAGCAGCGAGACGCUCACAGAUUUGAGAAGAUCAGUAAUAUUAUCAAACAGUUCAAGCUCAGCUGCAGUAAGCUCGCAGCCUCUUUCCAGAGCAUGGAAGUGAGGAACUCCAACUUUGCGGCCUUCAUCGACGUCUUCACCUCCAACACGUACGUCAUGGUCAUCAUGUCGGACCCCUCCAUCCCAUCUGCAGCAACUCUCAUCAACAUCCGUAAUGCUAGGAAACACUUUGAGAAGUUGGAGCGGGUGGACGGACCCAAGCACAGCCUGCACAUGCGAAUGCGCUAGCCUCCUCUCGGCCAAUCAAUCCACAGCGCGGCGGCGCAUCGCAGACUCGCAGCUCCGAUAAAUCUGAUCCAGCCCUGCAUCGUUUCUACAAUAUCUUCAGUUUCAAUCACAGUAAAAAUAGAAAGAUAAAGAAAUAGUUUCUUCGCGUCCACUUUCUGCACUUAUCAGAAGUAUCUUGAUACUUUCUGUUGAAAUAUUUGUGCUAAUUUGACACAUUAAAGCAGAAAAUGUUCGACGGGGUGGGGGUGUUUGCUGUCACGCUGGGUUUAUUUACUCUAUGCAGCAGAUCCUGGUGAUUGGGAAUGUCACGCAGUGCCAAAUAAAAAGAGAGGCAGCGUUUGGUUUUUAAAUAAGCUGACCACAAACAAUAUAGAUGUAUUUAGAAGCAUG